UCCCGAGGUCGGGGCUGAAAUCAAUUUAAUAGUAAUUCGGUGCGCCCAGAGAAAGCAACGGCAAACGGUUCUCUCCUCUUCCUCCUCCUUCUCCACCGUGCGGUCGGCAGCGGCAACGUCCAACGCCAAAAGCCCAAAAGAAAAAUAAUUAAUAUAGGUGAAUUAUCGAAAGAAAAUCUUGUAAAAACAAACACAAGAUCCAGAGACAUGUAGUCUGUUUUAAACAUAAAGGAGAAGACAAUACUGUGUUUUACCAAAAAAAAAAAAAAAGAAAGGACCGGGAAAGAAAAUAUUCAAUUAAAUUCAAUUGAAAUUUAUGAGCGUAAUUCAAGCGAUGACAUUUUUAUUACAUUUAUAAGAUUAUACGGACCAAAGUAUAUUCAACUCAAGCGAUUGAACGUGAUCGAGGCGCCUCGAGUGCAAUAAUUCUUGUGAUAAUCCCAAGCCCACCGCUAGACUGAUUCCCAUAGAGAUUAGCCAACCAACCAACCUACAUAUAAAUUUAUAUUAUUAUUAAACCAUACCAAAAUGACGCCCAGAAUUAUUACAUAUUUUUUGUGCGGCAUGCGCCAUCCCACAACUGGGCUGAACGAAGACGACCUGAGUCGUCUCACCGGUUCAUCAUCGUCUACCGCCUCGUGCGGCAGUGCAGUCUCAGAUUCAUCUUCAUCAUCGUCAGCCUCCUCGUCAUCGUCCCACGCACCCACGGCGGCCCCCACCCAGUGCCAUGAGGCAGCAGUCGUUGUACGCCAGCAGAAGAGUCCCGAAAGGACCAAAGUUUCUUUGGCGUCGGACGCCAAGAAACAUCUGAACAGCGCCGCCCCACAGCCAAAGUUCAACUCUACUUAUCUCCCGGAGAUCAUCAAUCCGCUGGAAUGGCAGAAGUCAUCCCGCAAGCGCAAGGAGCGCCUCGACAGCAGCUCCGUCUUCGGACAGGACCGCAAGCUGCAGCGCAGCAACAGCGAGGAGCUGCUCACGGAUCCAGCACAGGGCCACGCACCCAGCGACCCCAAGACAGCGGCCGCCCAGCUGCUGGAGGCCCAAUGCGAGGUCAUUCGUCGCGUCUCGUCGGAGGACUUUGAGCGCACCGCCAGCUACGCCAACUACUGUCUGGAGUUUGAGCGCGAACAGCAGUCCCAGGGCCAGUCCCAGCCACAGGAGCCGGAGGGCGGCGAGAACAACGCAUCGCUGGCCAAUCUCUCGAUUGAGGUCCAGAGCGUCCAGGGCUCCAAGGAGCGUCCGCGCUCGGAGACCAGUCCGGCCCGCCAGCAACGGGAGGCCAGUGACGACAGCGAGUGCGAGCACGAGCGCCGAAGGAGCAGCGAACGCUUCUGUAAGUCCCGUCUGCCACCAGGCCGCAAGUCCGGCGUCACCAAAAAGGGCAGCGGUAGCGGAGGAGUCGGUGGCAAGUAUCUGCCCUCCAGGCGGGACGAGCAGAACGCCUAUAAGUACGACCUGUCCGCCCUGAAGUACGAGCGUCGCGGUUUCAUAAGCAGCAGGAAGCAGCAGUCGCAACAGCAGCAGUCCAACUCGUCUUCCUCCGCGUCGGAUCACAACGACAACAAUCUGAUCGACUUCCACCAGCAACAGCUCCAGCAGCAAACUUCGAAGAGAAGCUCCAGCAUCUCGCCCACACCCACAACGAGCCCCUCGGCGGGCAGCGACGACACCACGCCCACACCCGUCAAGGCCAAGCCGCCGCAGCACCAACAGCAGCAGAACCCGGACCUCACCUCGGCCCAGGAAUCGUUGCCGUGGGAGCGAGGGGAUGAGCCCGCCCCCGUCCUAAGCCGACGCUACGCCCACUCCCGACCUCAUGUCGGCGGCAACAUCGAUGCAGCCGCCCAGCUGGCCAAGGUGAUGCCCUAUCCGCAAGCGCUGCCCAAGCAAGCAACCAGCGUGCAGCUGCACGGCUGCGAGGACAUGGACUGCCUGGAGACGAUGGACGCGGUGCGCGCUUUCAGUUCGCUGGAGAACAUGCGCACCCGCGACGUGAUGCAGCAGGUGCUCCCCGCCAUGAUGGUGGCCUUCCAGACGCCGGAGGAGCGCCUCAAGGCCAUCGGCCGCCGGGUCACCGUGCUCAAGAAGAAGCUCGUCCAGUUGGAGGACGCACUCGAACAGCGGCUCGGCUAUCGCCCCUCGCAGGCAGAGAGCCUCAACGACAAGUACGUGAAGAACGCCUUGGCCGAGCUGAGCAAGCUGCGGAAGGAGCGACUCGAGCUCAAGACUGAUCCCAUUGCUGCCCUCAGCCUCAAGCUGGGCGGAGGUGGCGGUGCCGGCGGCUCCGGGUGCCAGGAGGCGGCCAAGAAGCUGGAGCGCAUGAAAGCCACACUCGCUGAAAUCGAGCAGAAUCUCAACGAGAAGCGUACCAAUGGCCACCGCUCCGGGCAGCUGGAGGAACUGACGGCUGAUCAACUGGUGCAGGAAAAGACCGCCGUCCAGCAUGGUCUGCUGUAUUUUGAGAAUCUCUACGGCCAUCCAAUCAACAAGGAAGAGCGCGAUGCGGCCCGGCCGCUGUACGAUCGUUACCGUCAGCUGAAGCGUCUGGUUGCCCGCACUGUUAUGUUCGGAACUCGGACUGGGGUGCCGGAGCUGCCCACCAUCCUGGAGCACGAGGCUAUGGUCUUCGAGUCGACCUCCACACCACUGCAGUAUUCAUCGAACAACAGCACAGAGACCACCAACUCACCCAGCGACUCGAUGGCGCCAAAUACCCUCACGCAGAACGCUUCCUCCGAUGAGUCGACCAUCACCACCACGGGUCCAGCAGCGCCAGCGCCAGCGCCGGCGGCUGGAUCGACGGAGUCUUCCAGCGAGAACAUAUCCGCACUGAGCCUGGACCAGCUGUGGGAGCAGCCGGAGCGGGUGCGCGACGAGAAGGCCGUCCUGAAGGCCACCAUACGCGAGUACGAGUCGCUGUUCGAGGAGCAGAACGGCCGCAAGAUGCUGAAGCAGGACCGAAGGUCCCUCGAGACGGAGACCUACGCCCAGUACAAAGAGAAGAAGGGCAAGGUCCGACUGCUGCAGGCCCUGAUCAAGAAGCACAUUGGCCACUAGCCUUGAGCCUCAAUCAAUCAGUCUUUCGAUCAACAUCUAUUCACCUGCAUGCGAUAAUUAUUUAUUUCAUAUCCACAAAAAAACCAAAUGUAAAAAAACAUACCUAUAUACUCGGUUGGAUGUGUGUAUGCAUAUCCCAAUACCCGCCCCCUACCCCAUACAUUUAUACAGAUAUUAUUAUAGAUGUGUAGUUUUUAGAUUUACAUUUUACCAUAUAUUCUAUAAUGAUACAUUUUAUGAAUAUUGUUGAUUCCUUAUUGUUUUUUGAAAACACCUAUGAAUAAUACGAAUAAAAAGAAGAGAAAUGUUACAGAAAUCGACGAUUAUGGCGGAGAAGGCUAACCUAACCGAAAGACAUUUGAUUGGGACUCUCUCGUCCGUAUGUAGUAUGUAGUAUAUGCUUGAAACUUCCACUCGGAAUUUAUACCUCUCACUCAUUUUCUUUCUGCAAGUCAUCAUUGAUGCUAAAAAAUGUGUUACAUUUGUAUUUUCCAUUGAUUCGAACAUAAAUUCAUCUCUCUCGGGAUACUCCCGACUUUGCUUUAGUUUCAGUUUCGAAUGAUUUAGAUUUAGUGAGGCAGAGGUAAAAGCAGAACAAAAUCUUUAUAAAUGUUGUCUGGUAGUAUGAAAUAUCUUAUAUCGAUAUCUAAACUAGUGCCAUUUAUAGAACAGCACUACCCCCAGCCCCUACCCUACCUAUACUAGCUGUGAUUUGAAUCAAAAGCUUCCUCUGGCAUUUGACGUUGGCAGUUUCUUUGACAGCAGAAGCGGAAACGGAAGUCGAGCCGAGUCGAGUUUGUAUCGAGUGCAGGCCAAGUGCCUGGGAAAUUGAUUUGCUUUGUUGAGUUUUUGAACGUGUAUCGUAACCUUUCUGAAUAUAUUUACAAAUACAUAAA